AUGGAGGUGCCCCUGGUUAAUUUUGAAAACAUGGAUGAUGUUGGUAUUAACCUGGGUGACCCAAGUGACUCUGGGUACCCGACCUCACCCACCUCAGAGGCACCGGAUCAGAAUCUUUUAACCCGCCGUCUGACGUCUCCUCAUCAGUCGCCUCACAGAGGACGACGUAGGCAUCACUCUGGUCAAGACGGGUUGUCUCCAUCCACUCCCCCGACUCUGACUACCAAAGCAAAUUCUAGCAGCGGCAGUUUGAUCUCUAACCUGAAGCUCCUGAUCAACAGUGAGUCUCCCACUGACAGCGUCUUUAGUAAGAUGGUGAAGGAUUGCUACGAGAAUGAAGAUUUGUUUGAAAAGCAAUGCAUGGAAGAGAAAGAUGAGAAGGUUGUUAUCAACAUUUCAGGCCUGAUGUUCGAGACUCAGCUCAGCACCCUGAAUAGGUUUCCAGAGACGCUGCUCGGUGACCCCAUGAAGAGGAUAAGCUACUUCGACCCAAUGAAAAACGAGUACUUUUUCGACAGAAACCGGCCAUCCUUUGAUGGUAUUCUGUACUACUAUCAGUCAGGAGGGAGAAUCCGCAGACCAGCCAAUGUUCCCUUAGAUGUUUUUGCAAAUGAAAUGGUUUUCUAUGAGUUGGGUCAUGAAGCGAUGGAGCAGUUCCGUGAAGAUGAAGGGUUUAUCAAAGAGCCAGAGGUCCUUUUGCCCACCAAUGAACUCCAACGACAAUUCUGGCUCCUGUUUGAAUACCCAGAGAGCUCCAGUGCAGCCAAAUCUGUAGCUUUGGUUUCGGUGUUAGUCAUCGUCAUUUCCAUCUUCAUCUUCUGCCUAGAGACUCUACCAGAGUUCAGGGAGGACAGUGACUUUGUCCCGGGUGUAGCCCAAACCAUCAACGGGACCCAAGACAGUUCUCAUCCCGCUGCGAAAGACGUGAUUGCGUACCUCACAGACCCAUUUUUCAUUGUGGAGACUAUUUGCAUCAUUUGGUUCUGCUUUGAAGUUGGUGUCCGUUUUGUGGUCUGCCCCAGCAAAAGUGACUUCUUCAAUAACAUUAUGAAUAUUAUUGACAUUGUGUCUAUAAUUCCGUACUUUGUAACCCUGGGAACAGAGCUGGCUACGACCCCUGAUGAUGAUAUGAACUCUGGUCAGAACAUGUCCCUGGCAAUCCUAAGAAUCAUCCGACUUGUGAGAGUUUUCCGAAUUUUCAAGCUCUCCAGACACUCGAAAGGGCUGCAGAUCUUGGGGCAGACCUUGAAAGCCAGUAUGCGGGAACUUGGGCUGCUCAUCUUCUUCCUUUUCAUAGGAGUCAUCCUAUUCUCAAGUGCCAUCUACUUUGCAGAAGUGGAUGAGCCCCAGACACAGUUUGUAAGCAUCCCUGACGGCUUCUGGUGGGCUGUGGUGACGAUGACUACUGUGGGAUACGGAGACAUGUGCCCCAUCACAAUGGGAGGCAAAAUGGUGGGCACUCUCUGUGCCAUUGCUGGUGUCCUGACCAUUGCCUUGCCGGUCCCUGUCAUUGUCUCCAACUUUAACUAUUUUUACCACCGUGAGACUGAGCAGGAGGAGAAACAGGUGAUGGAUGCAGCAGCAGAGGCUGCCCAGAAAAUGUCAGCUGCAAACAAGUAUGGAAGCACACCUUCACUAAACAAAAGUAACGGCACCUGGCAGAAUGAGAAAAACGGCAUGCAUUGA